UAGCUAUCGGUAGUGGUUGCUUACUGUUCAUUCGAAGAAAUCCGCGAAGUUUCCAAAUAAUUUAAGUUCAUUGGACGUCACUUGAAACGGAAUUGAACUGUUAAUAAAAAGAGGACUAAUUUAUUAUAAAAUCUAGGCAUGGCAACGGACUCCUGGGCCCUGGCUGUCGAUGAACAAGAAGCCGCUGCAGAGUCGAUAAGUACCCUCCAACUAAAUGAGAAAGAAGACAAGCAAAAACCAGAGGAGAAUGGUGAGGAGGCUAAUACUGUUGAAAUAAGUCUGUUCUUUUCACUCUAUCCAGGCACAGGCACAGGAAAGGCAGGAGGAGAUGCAGACAAGACUGAUGACAAUGAUGACAAUGAGGACAGAGCGGCACAGUCACUGUUGAAUAAGCUGAUACGGAGCAAUCUAGUAAACACGACCAAUCAAGUGGAAGUCCUUCAGAGGGAUCCAAAUUCUCCGCUUUACUCGGUCAAAUCAUUUGAGGAGCUAAGAUUAAAACCUCAGCUACUUCAAGGUGUUUACGCCAUGGGCUUCAACAGGCCCUCCAAAAUUCAGGAAACCGCUUUACCCAUGAUGCUUGCAGAACCUCCACAGAAUCUCAUUGCUCAGUCCCAGUCAGGUACAGGCAAAACAGCUGCCUUUGUCCUGGCCAUGCUCAGCCACGUGGAUCCUGCCAAUAAAUGGCCCCAGUGUCUGUGUGUGUCACCCACCUACGAGCUUGCCCUACAGACUGGGAAGGUCAUCGAACAGAUGGGAAAGUUUUACCCAGAGGUCAAGUUAAUGUAUGCCAUCAGAGGAAACAAACUGGAGCGGGGGAUGAAGCUGCAGGAACAGAUUGUGAUCGGCACGCCGGGCACCGUGCUAGACUGGUGCCAGAAGCUCAGAUUCAUUGACCCCAAGAAAAUCAAGGUGUUUGUCCUGGACGAAGCUGACGUCAUGAUUGCCACUCAAGGCCACCAAGACCAGAGCAUCCGCAUUCAGAGGAUGUUGCCCAAGACUUGUCAGAUGCUGCUCUUCUCCGCCACCUUUGAGGAAAGCGUGUGGAAUUUUGCCAAGCGAAUUGUUCCCGAUCCCAACAUCAUCAAGCUAAAGCGCGAGGAGGAGACCUUGGACACCAUUAAGCAGUAUUACGUUAACUGCAACAGCAGGGAGGAGAAAUUUCAGGCUCUGUGUAACAUCUAUGGCGCCAUCACCAUCGCCCAGGCCAUGAUCUUCUGUCAUACCAGGAAAACGGCUGCGUGGUUGGCUGGAGAGCUUUCUAAAGAGGGCCACCAGGUGGCGCUGCUCAGCGGCGAGAUGGUGGUGGAGCAGAGAGCCGCCGUGAUCGACCGCUUCCGACAGGGCAAGGAAAAGGUUUUGGUCACCACCAACGUCUGUGCCAGAGGAAUUGAUGUGGAGCAAGUCUCUGUGGUCAUCAACUUUGAUCUGCCAGUGGACAAAGACGGUAACCCUGACAACGAGACAUACUUGCACAGGAUUGGACGCACAGGUCGAUUUGGCAAGAGAGGAUUGGCAAUCAACAUGGUGGAUAGCAAGGCUAGCAUGAACAUCCUCAACCGCAUUCAAGAGCACUUCAACAAGAAGAUCGAGAAGCUGGACACGGAUGACUUGGAUGAGAUUGAGAAAAUUGCCAACUGAGGAGUCGGAGGCCAGUCUGGGGUUUUUUUUUUGGGUCUCAGGUGGAUCUUCUCUUCUGUUGGGACUGUACUCUUCUAGUGUUUUAUUUCAGAGCCCAGGAGCUGAGCUAAGCCAGGACUUUUACACGUGGACAUGUCUUAUCUCAGAAGGCGUUUUAUAAGUUUCCUCAUUUUAUCAAGUUUCACUCUUUGUACUUCUUAAUAAAAUUGGAACGAGUAGUGCUGUCCUGUGUAAAAAGUGCACUGUAACGUCAAAAAUAUCCAGAAUAUCACUUCAAACGUGUAUGCCUAUCACCUGAAAGUUUGCACUUUUCCUAUUGUGGCAUCUUUGUUAAUUCAUCUCAUUCAUUUGGCAUCAUCACAGUUCAGCGUUGUGAACAUUCCUGUAACACAUUGAAACCUGAACACUUUUUUUUUUUUUGGAGGUCUUAACAAUUACAGUAAUGGAAAUUUGAGUUACUGUUUUCCUCCUUCAGCCAACUAAUCCCAAAACAUGAAUUAAUCAGAUGUAGAAAUGCCAUUAGUGCACUAACAGUGGCAUGUAGGACAGGUCAUGCAUAAGCAAACUCCUUAACCCCAGUGUGCUUGCAGUGUGCUGUAAAUCCAAGCUAAGAGUUAGAUUUUACAACUUUAGUUGAACUUACAUAGAACAGUUGGAACAUUUUGAGUUUGCAGCUAUAACUAUGUCAAGUCUGUAUGUAAGUCAUAUAAAUCCCAAAUAUGUAAGGUGUUGAAAUUAGAUGUGAAAUCAAGUAUAGAUGUAUAUGCAGUAGACGUGGGGUGGUAAUAUUUGGUUUAAUGUUGGAUUCAUUUUCAACAUCCUGUGUACCUCAGUAAUAUUUGGAAUAGAAAAUCACGACUGUUCUGAUGAACUCAGCGACCGGACAGAAGAUCUUUGUAAUUGGCCUUUUAAUGCUUUUGGGAUUAGUUGCUUUACGAACCAUAAAUACGAGCCUAAACAGUAAAAGCGGCUCUCAAUGGUUUGUGACAUGUAAAAAAAAAAUAUCCUCAUUAUUAUUCUAUUGAAAUAAGUGUCCAAGCCAAAGAUUUGUGCCUGACUUUUAAUUUUCAAGUACACACAAAUAUUGUUUACAUGGGAUAUGCACAAAGUUGAUUAUACAAAUGAAAAACUGGAUUAGGCAUCGCCCUAAUCCUCAGAAUUGACUAAAUCAGUACAAAGAGUGAAAUAAUGCUAUUGUAUUGUCAGGUCUAGUUAAAAUGCAGUGGAGCUUGUGUUGAACUGUAGAGCUGUAUUUACUAACAGCAUUGCUAGUCAAAGAGAGCCCUGUACAGCCAUAGAGAGAAUUAAUCUGAUACCUGUUAUUAUCAUCUCCUCUGUAUGCUUCAGGGUCGUCGAGAGAGAGAGAGACAAUAAACGAUUUUUAUAUUUCAGUAUAUUUUAAUGUAACCAAUUUUCAACUCAGUCAUUAUUAAAAGAACUUCCCUUCAUUGGAAAAUGCAUCGUGCCCCCCUGGUUUUAAAUAUUUUGUUUUAAUCUCAUUUGUGUGAGACAAUUAUAUUGUGUACUUUUGAACAUUGUGGUGAAGUUUGGAUGGAUGGGUGCUUUAACCGACCCUCCCGGUCAAUUCAAACGGUUAUUGUUUUUCACCUUCAGCACGAGUCACAUUGGAUCUCUUCACCAAAUUUACAAUUACACGUUAUGAGAUUAUUUUGAAUGUAAUUUGCAUUACGUCAAAAUGUUACCAUAUAACAUUUAUUCCUGAAAUUUUAAUGUUAAACCAAACCAGCUGUAACCCAGCUAUCCUGAAUGGAGUAGUUUACAGACAGAGAAUAAGUAUCUGCAGUAGUAGGCUUGGAGAUGAAGGGUCUCAGCUAUUGCAACAGACAUUCCUUUAUACACAAACAAGCAUUUAAUCAUAGCACACGCAUAUUGAUUAUAUUCAUAUUGGCUCUUCUGAUGAGUAAUU